CAACACGUACGCACAGCCACUCCUCAACUGUGUACACUUAUUCACCAAGUCUUCCAAGCACAACCUCUAGCAUGGACCACGACCACACGCAUCACAUGGACCACUCCGGCCACAUGGAUCACGCGGGUCACAUGGCGAACCUCACCACGCACAAUAACACCACUGCCGCAGUGGCAGCGGCGGCAGCACACGAGCACAGCCACGGCGGCGGCACAGGGUGCAAGAUCUCCGUUCGUCCCGCCUUUUCCCAUCACUCUCAUGUCACCAACUUCUGAAUGACUAACCCCCCCGGGCCAUCACAGAUGCUCUGGAACUGGACGACGAUUGGCGCGUGCUUCCUGACCUCGCAAUGGCACGUGCGGUCAGAAGGCGGCUUCGCGGCAUCUUGCCUGGGGGCGAUGGCGCUGGCGAUGACGCUGGAAGCCCUUCGGCGGGGAGUGCGCGAGUACGACGCGUACAUCGCACGAGACCUUACGCGGCGCGGCGCGGUGCUGGAGGCGGCGUCGGCCAAGGGCGAGGCUCCGGGCGGCGGCGGGAAUCAUCAGCAAGCACGGCAAGGACAGCAGCAGCAGCAGCGCGUCACGCUCCGGGUCACGGCUGUGCAGCAGCUUAUCCGCGCCGCGCUGCACGUCGUCACGUUUGCCGUCGCGUACAUGGUCAUGCUGCUGGCCAUGUACUUCAACGGAUACAUGAUCCUGUGCAUCUUCAUCGGCAACGGGCUGGGCAAGUUCCUGUGCGACUGGAUGUCGCAGACCGUGGUGCUUGGUGGC